AUGCCUGCUAUUUCAAUUACCCAUAAUGGAAUAUCCAAGAGGCGUCCAUAUGAAACAUUAUCAAUACCUAGUACCACUUUUGAACAAGCAUUAAACUUAUAUAUUGGGUUACAAUUUGAUUACUUGGAACAUGAUAGAAAGCUUGACAAAAAUGAAGGAGUUUAUAAGUAUAUAUUUGAAUGUCAGCAUGCAGGAAGCCCUCAAGCUAAAAAAAAGGCAAUUGAACCCUCACAACAGCACAAUCAAAAUUCAUCAGGUCCAUUAAUUACUAAAUUAAAUCUUAUCUACUAUGGUCAUACACCUUGUUCUAAUAAUGCAUACUUUAUUAAUACAUAUCAGCAGCUCCCUCAAAAUAUAAUUGAUAAG